CCAGAUCAUCUCUGUUAUUUCUGUCAUCACUAUGGCAGAGGCAACCCUGGACUGUGGCCGUGCAACCAUCCCAGCCCUCUGGCUGAGGCUGGCUGAGAAUCCACGUUGUCGGAGACAGGCUGGUUGGCUUUACGUGCCUUCUCAGGACCAGGCACAGGGCUGGAUCACCUUCACACCCUCAGGCUUUUAAAGGUAGAGUAUAGGGUUUAGCUGGCAAGAGCUGGAGCCCUGGAAAUGGCUGUUUAAGGGGAAAGACCCAAGCUCUAGGGAUCCCAGCUUGCUUCAAGACAUGAGGGUGAUGAGCUGAGGGUCACUGAGCCCAGAAGGGCAUGGGGGGCUGCAGAGGGAAAGCGGGAGUAAGGCUGGCCUGGGGACAGCCAGAGUGACGCCAUCUUUGCAGUAUCAUUGUUUUUACUGGGCACAUGUUUCCUGGGGCUGUUCUGUGGGACACAGUAUACCUGGGGGUCAGGGGCAGCCAGGCACCCCACCCCAGCCCUGCGUUCAGAGCAGCUCAGCCUGGCUGUUGUGAGACUCCCGCAGCCCUUUAGGAUUCCAGAGGCUCAGAGCAGCCAUUCACUGACACCCACUCCCAAGGAGCCAGCUCCUCCCACCCAUGGCCCAGUCGGGCCACUGGGGAUGUAGCUGGAGGGACAGGUUCCAGGCCUGGAUGCUGAGUGGGAGCCCUGGAGGGCAGCAGGAGAAGAAGGUCCCUGAGCCGUCAUCAUGGCCAGCCUCUGGGUGCAGAGGUGAGGGCCCCAGCUUCCCAGAGCAAGAAUCAUCAGCUCUGGUCUUCUGAUUAAGCCUGCAGUGUCAGCUGGCGGUUCUGUCAUCGGGACUUUUUCUUUCCUGUGAUCCCCCGGGGAAAGCUGAACAGCCCAGAUGGAACACAACUUUGCCCUUGUUCCUCUGGAGAUGCAGCCGCAUGGAGCACCAGGCCCCGGAACCACCUUCUCUCACAGACACACUCUGGGGCACCCUACCCACCCCUCACGGCUCUCCGGAGGGGUGACUCCGCUCAUCCCUGUCCUCAGGAAGACUGUCCGUCUGGAUGCCUUUCCUCAAAGCCACGUCCAGACUUCCAGUCGACUGGGUAUGAGAGCCAGGGCGCAGAGCAUGUCCCCACAGGAUCCUGGCAUUGCCCCAGGGGCUUCGAGGAGUCCCCCGCCUGCCAACAGCCUUGUGCCCAGGAAACUCAGCUCCAUUUCCUUAACAAUCCGUCAGAACAGCCACACACGGCCCCUGGUCCCUGUGCUGUCUCCCUGGGAAGAGCUGCCUACCCUGGGCAGAGAGGCUGCCACCCACGGAGGAGGGAGGCUGUCUGCUCCACGUUCACCCGCCUUGGCCCUAAGGCCAGACAGCAGGGUCCACUCUGAGGGCCCAGGGAACCCAGGUCUGAGCAAAUCCAGCAGGACACCCACAGUGGAGAAGCCUGUGGUGGGCUCAUACCUGGCCUUACCUUUUCAGUCCAGGCUAAGCCCGAGCUCAUUGAGUCCCCCAGGGCCAGGCCCCUCGGGUCAAGGGUACACCAGAACUUCUCCAGGAAGAGGCAAGUCCCAGGCCAGAGGUAUUCCUAGACCCCGGCUAUGUCUCCAAAGGGCCACCUCUGUUAUGAAUCUGGCUGCUGUGCACACAGCAAGGCCAGAUGUAGCCAGACGUUUAACCACAAUGGCCACCAAAGGACCUAGCUUGGCUGCCAGUCUGCCCACACCAGACACAUCCAGACUGGACACAGGCACAGAGUUUUCUGCUGUGGAUACCAAGUGGGGCUCAGCCAUGGAUUUAUCUACAGCAGGUACAGCCAAGCCAGGCAAAGCCAGGAAUUUGGCUACUGCAGGCACAAACAAAUCUGGCACAGCCAUGAACUUGGCUACAGCAGAGACAACCAAGCUGGCCAAGGUCAUGAAUUUGGCAACCACAGAACGAGAUGAGCUGGGCAAAUCCAUGGUUACAGCAGAUGCAGCCAAGCCAGGUAUGACCACAAGGGGCACAGCAAUGGCUUGGGCGAUACCACAUCCACGCGAGUUGGGUACGACCAGAUUGGACACAGCCGUGGCUUUGAUGACAGCAAAACCAGCUGAGCUGGGCCCAGCUAUGGAUUCUCCUGCUUUGGACAGAAGUAGACUUGGUACAGCUAUGGGUUCAGGUGUGCUGGUCACUCCAGACCCAGCCGAUGGGAAGAAGAAGCCAGGUAAUGUUAAUAACCUGGCCACGUCAGACAUUGCUAUCUACCCACUAAUGCCAAGCAGAGGCCCAGAACCAGCCCAGGACCUUGCCACAGCGGAUGCUGCUACAAAGCCUGCUGCACUGGACCUGGCCCGAGAAUGCAAAGGGCUCCCCGAGACCAGGACGGACGCAGCCAUGUCAGAGCUGGUGCCCGAGCCCAGGCCUAAGCCGGCAGUGCCCAUGAAGCCCAGCAUCAACUCCAACCUGCUGGGCUACAUUGGCAUCGACACCAUCAUCGAGCAGAUGCGCAAGAAGACUAUGAAGACCGGUUUUGACUUCAACAUCAUGGUGGUGGGCCAGAGUGGACUGGGCAAGUCAACGUUGGUCAACACACUCUUCAAAUCCCAAGUGAGCCGCAAAGCCGCCAGCUGGAACCGGGAGGAGAAGAUUCCCAAGACGGUGGAGAUCAAAGCUAUUGGGCAUGUGAUUGAGGAAGGUGGUGUCAAAAUGAAGCUGACUGUCAUCGACACCCCAGGCUUCGGAGACCAGAUCAACAAUGAAAACUGCUGGGAGCCCAUUGAGAAGUACAUCAACGAGCAGUACGAGAAGUUCUUGAAGGAGGAGGUGAACAUUGCCAGGAAGAAGCGAAUUCCUGAUACUCGUGUCCACUGCUGCCUCUACUUCAUCUCCCCCACUGGACACUCCUUGCGACCCCUGGACCUCGAGUUCAUGAAGCACCUCAGCAAAGUGGUGAACAUCAUCCCCGUCAUCGCCAAGGCCGACACCAUGACCCCGGAGGAGAAGUCUGAAUUCAAGCAGAGGGUUCGUAAGGAGCUCGAAGUAAAUGGCAUUGAAUUCUACCCCCAGAAGGAGUUUGAUGAGGACUUGGAGGACAAGACUGAGAACGACAAAAUCAGGCAGGAGAGCAUGCCUUUUGCUGUGGUGGGAAGUGACAAGGAAUACCAGGUGAAUGGCAAGAGGGUCCUCGGCAGAAAAACCCCCUGGGGGAUCAUCGAAGUGGAAAAUCUCAACCACUGUGAGUUUGCCCUACUUCGAGACUUUGUUAUCAGGACCCACCUCCAGGACCUCAAGGAAGUGACACACAACAUCCACUAUGAGACUUACAGGGCCAAGCGGCUCAAUGACAAUGGAGGCCUCCCUCCGGUGAGCGUGGACACAGAGGAAAGUCACGACAGUAACCCAUGAUGAGCCUUUUCUGUGUCAUCACACAUACCCUGCUCUCCACACACACGUCCCAGAUACCACCUCCAGCCACCUUCUUCCAGCCCUGUCCCACGGGCCUGUCCAGUGUUGUGGAACAUCUUGUCUACAUUGUGUGAGUGUGUGUGCAUAUGGGGUGUGUGUGCACGUGUGUAAGUGCCUGUGCGUGAGUGCAUGGGGUGAGGUAUUUUCAUUGCUCUCCCUGGAAAGCCCCUUGUAAGUCUGGUUCCUCCAUGAUUGUCCACUCUUCGUCUCUCUUCCUGUGUCCUAGAACAAAGCCGAGCACUUCACUCAUGAAGUCUGGGGAGGUUUGAUUGAAAAAUGAUGGGAGUAGGUGACUCUUUCCUACCUCUCAUCCCAACCACAGACUGGGGCUGCGUAUUCUCCACGGACAGGGGGUUAAGUUAGACCAGUGUUGGGGCAGGAGCUCGGGAUACCUCCCUGUAAGUUGGGACCCUGGGCUAAGGCUAGGACUUCCGGGGGAAGGAAAAAGGAGGGUUUCUAGGGGCUCAGAGAUGCGUGUCUCAGCUGGGUUCCUACAGAAAGAAUCAGUGCCUGGGCCAGGGAUGUAGCUCAGUGGUUCCACGCCUGCCUCAGCACCUGCCUCACAAGCGCAAGGACCUGAGGUCGAUCCCCGGUACAAAAAAAAAAGGAAUCAGUGCCUGAAAGUGGGGCUCCACCCUGUGGUCGAGGUCCCUGUCCACAAGCUACCACUUGUCACUGUUCAGACCGCGCUGCUUUCCACGCUCACCCUACCUCUGUUCCCUGGCCACUUUCCCGCUUUCAGUUCUUUUCCCUCUCCCUCUGUCCCUCAUAUAUUCUUUUUUUCCCUCCCUCUUGUCCAUUUCUGACAUCUGUCACAUCCUUGUAGGUGAAUCCUUUUAGCUCGAUUUCUACUUUCAGAAUUUAUGGCCAGUCUACUUCCAAAAAAUGACUAGACUACCCUAAAUUUACAACAAAAAGCCUGGGACAGUACAGGCUGAGAUCACAAGAGAAAUCGGUACCAUCGAGAAUAGGACAGAUAGUUUCAGUAGCUGGGGGCUGAAAUUGGCCCUGAACCCAUGGGCAGCCAAAAGCAAAGGAGCCACGGUGAGUCCUGCAGUUCCCAGGGCCCGCACAUGUGCCAGUCCAGCCAGACAGCCUUCUGGGUAGAGGGAGGGUGCAUACUAGAAGGGCUAAUUUUGAAGAAGUAUCAGAAACAAUGGACUGUGUUUCUUUCUCAGAGGUUUGGCUUCAGAGACAAAUCUUAGAUCACAGCUCCCUCUUCUCAGACGUCUCUGUUCAGCUGGCUUCUCUGAGGCUCCUUUGGCCUCAUCCAUACCAAACACCUUCUUCUCUUCUCCUCUGAUCACUUUUCUGCUCAAGCGAAUUCCAUUUAUGCCUGUCCUCCUCUGCUUUCACCCUCCUCUUGAUUCAUGUAGUAGACAUUCCCAGUGAUACCACAAUCAUACAGUUAGCCUUUUCUUGCCUUUCCUGUAAGUCCUGUAUUAAUGUAUAUAUUUCCUUUGUUUAUUGCACAAGUAUUCUUUCUCCUUUAAUCUGUAGUAGUAUUGCUGAAAUUUGGGCCUGGGGAGUCAAUGUAGCCUUAGGCAAGAGAAAACACCCUAUAAUACUGUUUAUACCCCGCCUCGUGUCCCAACUCCUGGUCCAACCUAGGUGUUGAACUGGUCCCCUCUGAAUAUCAGCAUUUAUAAUUCCAGUCCUUAAUCAUUCAGGUACUAGGAAAAAACAUUCAAGACCCAAGAUUGAAGGGACCAGGAGAAAGAGGAGGGGUGAUCAGGUCACCAGUGUCCCCAAUCUUGCAGUCUCAGUCUUUCCUGAAGGCUGAUUCACCAAUGGGCCCCUUAUCCUCCCUUGCCCGCAAACUUACCCCAGGGUAGGCACCUGUUGGUCCAGAACGGUAGCAGUGUUAUAGCACAGAGCUUGCUACAUCUCGGCUGGACUGGGCACCCAGUACCCAGCCAGGGAAGACCAAGGGGUGGGGGUGGUGGGUUUGGAGAGGCUGAGCAGGGGAAGGUUGCUUGGCACCCCGAGACCAUGGUCUCAGCCUCCCCGGAGAAGCUGUGUUUAUGUGACUUCUGCCAGCUGCUGGUCUGUGCACCCUCACCCAUCCUCAACCCCCUGCAGGGAGAAGGCCUCUUGGGCACUGUCCUUCCACCCGGGCCAGCCACCCCCUGCCCCUCUGCUGAAUGAAGGCCAUUUCAAGCUGCUUCUCCCUUCAUUCCUCUCAGCUGUUGUUGCUGCAGGGCUGAGCCCCCCUUAAGGCUGUGCUUGUCACCCACCCACCCUCUGCAGGUGGGAGGGGCCGGCUGGCACCUUAGGACAGUUGCUGCCUCCUUUUAGCCAGACUGCUCCUCCCCUCCCUGCGGAACAGAGUUCUCGCCUGCCAGCACUGCCCUGCUCCACCGUCUGUGCCAGCCAGUCCCAGCCCAUCUGUACGGAGAAAGAACUUGCUGAGGGCUGGUUCCGCCCGUACCAGCUACUUGUAACCAUCUCCAGGGGAAAUGACAUUGUUCCCCACCCAUUCAUCUGCACGAGCUACUCCUGGCUUCCUUAAAGUGGCAAGAAGAGCAACUUUUCUGCUUGUCAGAGUCACUGAGGUCAGCCGUGUGAGCCCCAGUGGGGGACACAGGUGUUCAUUGUUUAAAGGUAUUUAAAAAGGUUGGUCACUACAGAUGCAGGGAAGUAAGGGCUAGGGUCGUUUUUUAAAAUAAUCACCCCAGGUGGGCUGGGGAUUUAGCUCGGUAGCACUGUGCCUGCCUCACAAGUAUAAGGUCCUGAGUUUGAUCUCCAGUAUAAAAAAACAACAAAAAACCCCCAGAUAGCUGGUACAUACCUGCCCCACACGUAAUGCGGCCACUUAGCCAGAGUGGUUUUCCCAAGGCUAGAUUACUGGAGUUGACUUCCUCCUCACCCUCCAAAUAAGAAAAUGAACUAAACACACACACACAAUACCUCAGAAACUCCCAUGCUAUACACCGUAGGAAGAAGAACAGCACCUUCCUGUUCACUUAGCAAGAAGAGGGAUCUUUUCCCAGCUACCCCCACUACCCUGAUUUCCUGUCCCUCACCCUGUUAAUGUGAGUAAUGAAUUAGUCUGGCCACA